AUGAAUUUUUCCAAGUGGCUUCUUUGCAACUCGGUUUACGAACUUGACUCAUCUGCUUGUGACUUGAUUCCUAACAUAUUACCGAUAGGCCCGUUACUUGCAAUCAUUUAUGUUACCUUUGGUAGCACAACAAUCUUCAACCAGCACCAAUUCAAUGGACUAGCAAUUGGUCUCGAACUUGCAGGCCAGCCAUUUUUAUGGGUUGUCCGAACAGACUUCACCCGAGGAUCCACUGCUGAAUACCCAGAUGGCUUCAUAGAGAGAGUAGCGGACCAUGGAAAGAUUGUUUCAUGGGCACCCCAAGAAAAGGUGUUAGCUCACCCUUCUGUAGCAUGUUUCUUAUCCCAUUGUGGAUGGAACUCAACCAUGGACGGCGUGGGCAUGGGAGUCCCCUUCCUAUGCUGGCCCUACUUGGCAGAUCAAUUCCAUAACCAGAGUUACAUAUGCGACAAAUGGAAGGUCGGCUUGGGGUUGAACCCAGAUGAAAAUGGAUUGAUAUCAAGGCAUGAGAUUAAGAUGAAGAUUGAAAAGUUGGUCUCUGAUGAUGGUAUAAAAGCAAAUGCAGAGAAGUUGAAGGAAAUGGCUAGAAAGAGUGUAUGCGAAGGCGGAUCUUCUUACAAGAAUUUCAAAACCUUUAUUGAAGCAAUGAAACACUGA